CCGUUUACAACUCAGCCACCUCGUCAAUUGGAGGGGCCACAGGGCGGUGCGCUCGUUACCUUGUCCGUAACCCUUCCAACAGACCGCAUCCAUCAGCGCACCCUCCAGAGGCAGCCGCUUCGCAACCUAACAUCGACUUUGCUACUUCAUGACUUUGCUACUUCAUGACUAGCCUUGGGAGAAGGAGAGUUCGGGAAGCGCAAGGAAAUCAUGGCUGAGGUGGACGUCGCCCCGACACUGGGGUCGGAGCUCAAGGAUGGCUUCAAACCAGCAAAUGCCUGGGUUGCCAACGGAAUAGCCUGGCUCGAUGACAUCCAGUCGUUCUACCGCGAACGAAGUACGAUCGAAAAGGAAUACAGCGCCAAGCUCAAUGCCCUGGCAAAGAAGUACUUCGAGAAGAAGACGCGCAAGUCGGCGAGCCUGAGUGUUGGCGACACUCCGACCAUGACCCCCGGGUCCCUCGAGAGCGCGUCCCUCACGACAUGGACGACACACCUUACCACGCUGGAGGCCCGGGCCGACGAACACGAACGCUACGGAAACGACUUGAUAAACAAAGUAGCAGAACCCCUGAAACACCUGGCGGUACGGUUCGAGGAACUGCGCAAGCGGCAUGCCGAGUACGCCGAGAAACUCGAAAAGGAGCGAGACGCUUCCUAUGCCGAGCUUCGAAAGACAAAGGGCAAGUAUGACGCUGCUUGCCAAGAGGUGGAGAGCAAGCGCAAGAAGACCGAGUCCUCGUUCGACAAGGCCAAAGCGCAGAGCAGUUUCCAGCAGCAGGUUCUCGAUAUGAACAACGUCAAGAAUACUUACCUGAUCGCGAUCAACGUCACAAACAAGCAGAAGGAGAAGUAUUACCACGAGUACCUGCCCGAGCUUAUGGACAGCCUACAAGAUCUUUCAGAAUUCCGGACGUUCAAGCUGAACGGGCUUUGGACGCUAGCCGCCCAACUCGAGGCGGGCAUGCUUCAGCAGAGCUCGGGCCAGAUUGACCGCCUAAGCCAGGAGAUUACGCGAAACCAACCGCACUUAGACUCGAUGAUGUAUAUCCGACACAACAUGGGAAGCUUCCAGGAGCCGCCAGACAAGGUGUUUGAGCCGAGUCCUGUGUGGCACGACGACGGCUCCAUGGUUGUGGACGAGGCAGCCAAGGUGUAUCUGCGCAACCUGCUCAACAAGUCGAAGGGCCAGCUUGGAGAACUCCGGCGAGAGGCAGACAAGAAGAGGAGGGAGGUAGAGGCGCUGAAGCGGAUGAGGCAGCGGGUUCGGGAAGGGACGGAGGAUAAGGACGAAGUGGCCUUGGUGUCGCAGAUAUUCUCGAUGCAGGAGGACCUCCAUCAAGUCGAACGCAAGCGUAUCGCGGUGGAGGUGGAAACGUCAACCAUCACAGCCACGGUGGGCGACGUGACUCUUGGUGCGAAGAACCACAACUUCAAGUCUCAGACGUUCAAAAUCCCGACGAACUGCGACCUCUGCGGCGAGAGAAUCUGGGGUCUGUCGGCGAAGGGAUUCGACUGCCGCGAUUGCGGUUACACAUGCCACAGCAAGUGCGAGAUGAAGGUCCCGGCGGAAUGCCCAGGGGAGCAGUCAAAGGAGGAGCGCAAGAAGCUGAAGCAGGAGCGCCAAGAGGCGGCGAACGCAUUGCUCAAACCGACCGGACCACCCGAGCACGUGGCCGAACUACCCUCGCUUAGCCGUUCCGACACAGUAACGUCGGGACGGUCAGGAUACGCAGCGAGUUCGCAGCGGUCAAUGACAGGUCCCUUGUCACCAGCCGAGGAGACGCCCCCCGAAGUCCCGACCGCGACGCGGCCGACCAGCACAUCUGGGUCAACGACUACAAGGAGGAACCGUAUCGUCGCGCCGCCUCCUGCUGCCUACAUCAGCGAGCUGCCGGGUAGCACCCCGAACGGCUCGUCGCAGGGGGCGGAGCAGAAGGCCAAGAUGCUGUACAGCUUUGAGGCCGCGGGUCCAGGAGAGCUAACCGUGCCAGAAGGGAGGGAUCUCGUUGUGUUAGAACCCGACACGGGCUCCGGCUGGGUCAAGGUUCGAGCAGGCUACAAGGAAGGAUUGGUCCCGGCGACCUACAUCGAACUCACCAGCACCACCUCAGCGCCGGCACCGGCAGCCAUCGCGCCGCAGCACACGGGGCAAUCGGCUUACUCCAACAGCGGCUCGUCAAUAGGCACGGCAGCGGGGCAAACGGGAGGGAAGAAGAAGGGUCCCGCGGUAGCGCCGCGGCGGGGUGCGAAGAAGCUCAAAUAUGUUGAGGCCCUGUACGACUACACGGCGCAGAGCGAUGCCGAGCACAGCAUGGUCGAGGGCGAGCGGUUUGUGCUAAUUAAGGAAGAUCCCGGUGACGGGUGGGCGGAGGUGGAGAAGGGAGGUGUUACGAAGAGUGUGCCGGCGAGUUAUGUGCAGGUUGUCUGAACCUACUCCGUACUUGUACACAGUAGCUAGGUGCGAGUGGAGAGGGGGGAAAGGGGUUUGUGGUUGGCUAGAGAGAGGUAAUCCGUAUGUACAAUGGGAUGGUUCGGUUAGGAGAGCGGAGAACAGCAUUGCAGCUUUGGCAUGGGCAAGACUCGAGGAUGAAACGGUCUUGGUGGGCUGUGCUGAAGAGAAUGCAAGUACAGUGUUUCGUAUACAGAGUAAUUAUAGGCCUGCUAAAAUGGCGGGUGUAUUAAAGCUUGCGUUGGGAUAUCCCCAGUCCGAUGAUUCCG